AUGGAGCAGCCGGAGAACGAUUCUGUAUCUUAUGAAACUGCCGAACAGAUCAUCCUCCGGUGGGACGCUACGGCUGCGGAAGACGCCAGGGUUCGAAUGAUCUUUGAAGGUGAUCGCCAAGAGAUUGAUCGAUACUUACAAGCAGUCGAUCGAAUCCAACUAUCCAUGGAGUCAACUACUCUAUCGGACGAUGACGGAGCCGCCGGAGUCCAGGAGCAGUCAAAGAAAAUCAAUGGCGCUAUUCAGAUUGCCAUGGCUAGACUUGAGGAUGAGUUCCGUAACAUACUCAUCUCCCACGCUAGUCCCGUCGAGACAGAGACACUCACUGAGUCGAUGUCAUCGGCUCACUUGACUCCUAGAACCAGCACCUCCAUUAGCGAGUUUCCAGGAAACGACGAUUACAGCAGCCGAGGUGAUGAAGACUCCAUAUCCAGAGACGGUUCUUCUUCUCUAGAACGAGGCGAGAGUAGCAAUACAAUCUCGAGCUACAGAUCUAUGAGUAGUAUUCGCGAGAUAGAUCUGAUUCCUUCGGAUAUCGUAUGUGAUCUUCGCAGCAUCGCGGAGCGUAUGAUCGCCGCCGGCUACUUCCGGGAGUGCGUUCAGGUGUACGGUAGUGUUCGGAAAUCCGCGGUGGACGCGUGCUUCAAAAAGCUUGGAGUUGAGAAAUUAAGUAUCGGCGAUAUCCAAAGGAUGGAAUGGGAGGCUUUGAAUGCGAAGAUUGGGAAGUGGAUGCGUGCAGCGAAAAUGUGCGUUAGGGUUUUGUUCGCGAGCGAGAAGAGACUCUGCGAGCAAAUCUUCGAAGGUUUAGGAACGGCGGCAGACGACGCUUGUUUCAUGGAAACGGUUAAAGGUCCGGCGGUUCAACUGUUUAACUUCGCCGAAGCCAUUAGUAUCAGCCGUCGUGCUCCUGAGAAGCUAUUCAAGAUCCUGGAUUUACACGAUACCUUGUUUGAUUUGUUACCUGAUAUCGACGCUGUUUUUGACGGAAAAUCAGCCGAAUCAAUUAGAGUUCAAGCGACGGAAAUAUUCUCGAGGCUGGCGGAAGCUGCUAGAGGAAUGCUAAACGAGUUCGAAAACGCAGUUCUUCGCGAACCUUCUAAAGUUCCUGUCCCUGGAGGAACGAUUCAUCCAUUAACCAGAUACGUGAUGAAUUACAUAAGCUUAAUUUCAGAUUACAAGCAAACCCUAAGCGAAUUAAUCGUGUCUAGACCUGCAACUGGUUCUCGAUACUCAGACGAUCAAACUACUCCAGACAUGGAUUUCUCAGACCACGAAGAGCAAUCGCCAUUAGCACUCCAUUUGAUUUGGAUCAUAGUGAUUCUCCAAUUCAAUCUAGAAGGAAAAUCCAAGCACUAUAAAGACAAUUCCCUCGCUCAUCUCUUCAUCAUGAACAACGUCCACUACAUCGUCCAAAAAAUCAAAGGCUCACCGGAGCUGAGAGAGAUGAUCGGAGAUCAUUACCUGCGAAAACUCACAGCAAAAUUCCGGCAAGCUGCAACAAGCUACCAACGAGCAACAUGGGUAGGAGUACUGUAUUGUUUGAGAGACGAAGGGUUACACGUGAGUGGAAGUUUCUCAUCUGGAGUUUCAAAAACUGCUUUGCGAGAACGAUUCAAAUCCUUCAACGCCAUGUUUGAAGACGUUCACAAAACUCAAGCUUUAUGGCUAAUACCAGAUACACAGCUUCGUGAAGAGCUAAGAAUCUCCAUUUCUGAUCUACUAAUUCCAGCUUACAGAUCGUUUCUUGGGAGAUUCAGGAGUCAUAUAGAGAGUGGGAGGCACCCUGAAAAUUACAUCAAGUACUCUGUUGAAGAUCUUGAGACUGCAGUAUUGGAUUUCUUUGAAGGGUGUGCAGUUUCACAGCAUUCAAGGAGAAGAUCACAGUGA